AUGUCCGGCUGCGGAGGGAACAACAACAACAACGGCGGAGGAAAUCGGAGCGAUGAGUUACAGCCACAUCCGGUGAAAGACCAACUCCCCGGAAUCCAGUUUUGCGUCAAUAGCCCUCCUCCUUGGCUUGAAACGCUUGUGUUAGGAUUCCAACAUUACUUGUUAAGUCUUGGUGUCACUGUCCUCAUCCCGACCUUAUUAGUCCCUCAAAUGGGAGGUGGAGACAUGGAAAAAGCCAGGGUGGUGCAAACUCUACUGUUUGUGUCGGGAGUGAGCACAUUGUUUCAAUCUUUCUUCGGGACGAGGUUACCAGUUGUGGCGAUCGGUUCUUAUGCAUAUAUCAUUCCCGUUUCUUCUAUCAUCUCGGCUAGUCGAUAUCGCCAAUACACAGAUCCUUUCGAAAGAUUUGUGAUGACAAUGAGAGGAAUACAAGGGGCAAUGAUCAUCACUGGUUGCUUUCAAGUCCUCGUGGGUUUCCUCGGCUUAUGGAGAAAUGUCGUAAGGUUUCUCAGCCCUCUCUCCAUUGUUCCUUUCGCAACUUUUGCUGGGCUCGGACUCUACCACGUUGGUUUUCCUAUGCUCGCAAGAUGUGUAGAAAUCGGGCUUCCCUGUUUAAUUCUGCUUGUUAUCUUUACUCAGUAUAUUCCACGUUGCAUGAAAUCGAAGCAUCUAAUAUUGGAUGGACGAAUAUUCGAUCGCUACGGAGUAAUGAUGACAAUUCCGGUGGUAUGGUUAGUAGCUCAGCUUCUGACAUCAUGUGGUGCUUACAGCCACAGACCUCAUCGGACUCAAACCAGUUGCCGUACGGACCGCGCCGGUCUCAUCACCAACUCACCGUGGAUCUAUAUACCUUAUCCAUUUCAAUGGGGAAGCCCUACCUUCAACGUCGGAGAGGCUUUCGUGAUGAUGUUGGCAUCUUUCGUAACCCUCUUCGAGUCCACGGGGUUGUUCUACGUAUCUGCGAGGUACGGGAGUGCAACACCGAUUCCACCCUCCGUCGUUAGCCGUGGAACUGGUUGGAUGGGAGUCGGGGUUUUACUCAACGGCUUUCUUGGAUGUGUCUGUGGGGUUACAACAUCGGCGGAAAACGUAGGCUUGUUGGGACUGACAAAGGUUGGAAGCCGAAGAGUGAUUCAAAUAUCAGCAUGCUUCAUGAUUUUCUUCUCAAUCUUUGGAAAAUUUGGAGCUUUUUUCGCGUCGAUACCGCUAUCGAUAAUAGCAGCGGUCUACUGUGUCCUCCUGGCAUUUGUGUCUUCAGGAGGGCUAAGCUUUCUCCAGUUCUGCAAUCUCAACAGCUUCAACACCAAGUUCGUGUUAGGGUUUUCCAUAUUCUUGGGCAUUUCAGUCCCACAAUACUUCAGAGAGUACCACAACGGACCGACCAAUUGGUUGGGAGACGUGGUGAGAGUGAUAUUCACGUCGCACGCGACGGUAGCGGCGGUGGUAGCGAUGGCGUUGGAUUGCAUGUUGUGCAGAGAGAGCGAGGAGACGAAGAGAGAUUGCGGACUGAAGUGGUGGGAGAAGUUCCGUCUCUACAAUCUCGACGUCCGUAACGACGAGUUCUACGGUCUCCCCUUCCGCCUCAACAACUUCUUCCCUUCUCUCUGA